AAUGUCGAAUUCAAAAUUAGCUGCCGCCGACUAUGCAGCCGUUGUUAUCUAUUUUCUUGCCGUAAUAGGCGUUGGCUUAUAUUCCAUGUUUAGAACCAAUAGAGGAACAGUAAGCGGAUACUUCUUAGCAGGUCGAUUUAUCACUUUUCUCCCAGUUGGCGCAUCACUUUUUGCAAGUAACAUCGGAAGUGAACAUUUUAUUGGUCUUGCAGGAUCAGGUGCUGCAGCUGGAAUAGCAGUUGGAGCUUUUGAAUUUAAUGCUUGUAUAUUGUUGCAACUUCUUGGAUGGGUAUUUUUACCCGUCUACAUCGCAAGUGGGGUAAAUACUUUACCAGAGUAUAUGAAAAAGAGAUUCGGAGGAAAGAGAAUACGCAUCUAUUUGGCUAGCUUAUCACUUAUACUCUAUAUAUUCACCAAAAUAUCCGUUAAUUUAUACGCUGGAGCUGUGUUUAUUCAACAAGCACUUGAUUGGAAUUUAUAUGUAUCAGUUCUACUAAUUUUGACAGUUACGGCAAUAUGCACUGUUUCGGGAGGUUUGGCAGCCGUAAUUUAUACUGAUACGUUACAGGCUUUCAUAAUGAUGGUUGGAGCAACAACAUUGAGCAUCAUAUCAUUUGUUAAAGUUGGCGGUUACAAAGGAUUAUAUGAUCAAUUUGAAAGUGCAAUACCCAAUUCAACACUGAUGAAUCCCAACACUACAUGUGGUAUCCCACCAAACGAUUCAUGGACAAUGCUUCGUGAUCCUAUGUCCAAAAGCAUGCCAUGGCCAGGAUUUUUAUUUGGUCAAACACCUGCUUCUAUUUGGUAUUGGUGCGCAGAUCAAAUGAUGGUUCAGAGAACUUUAGCGGCUAAGAGUUUAUCGCACGCUCAGGGAGGAACUUUAACCGCUGGUUACAUGAAACUUUUACCUUUUUUUGUAAUGGUUUUACCAGGAAUGAUAAGUAGAGUUCUCUUUCCCAAUGAGGUCGCUUGUGCAACAUCAGAACAGUGCAUGAAAGUUUGUGGAAGUAAAGUUUCGUGCACGAAUAUAGCCUAUCCUAAAUUAGUUCUUGAGCUUAUGCCAGACUUUAUGAGGGGAGUUAUGCUCUCAGUUAUGCUGUCUGCUCUGAUGUCUGAUCUAACUUCAAUAUUUAACUCAGCCAGUACGUUAUUUACUCUUGACUUUUAUGCAACAUUCAGAAAAAAAGCUACCAAUAGAGAAUUAAUGAUAGUUGGUAGGAUAGCCAUAAUUUUUCUCACAAUAAUUGGAAUUAUUUGGAUACCAGUAGUAGAAUCAAUGCAAGGAGGGCAAUUGUACAUUUAUAUACAAUCAAUAUCAGCUUAUCUAGCUCCACCAAUAGCGGCUGUAUACCUUCUAGCGGUUCUCAGUAAAAGAUGUAAUGAAUUGGGAGCAUUUUGUGGUUUAAUUUCAGGUUUUGUUGUUGGAGUCAUUAGAAUGAUAUUAGACUUUGUUUAUAAAGAACCUCGUUGUGGUGAUGAAGAUGAACGACCGAGAUUAAUUCGUUUACAUUAUAUGUAUUUUGCUACUAUUCUAUUUUGGUUAACAAUCAUAGUUUCGAUGAUUGUUAGCUUUUUGACAGUUCCCCCAUCUCUGGAGCAAUUAACGUGUACAACUUUUUGGACAAGAUUUAGUGAGAGAGAUGACAAUGAGACAAUUGAGCUAGAAGAUGUCAAUACUGAUAUUGAAAUCAGCGAAACCAAAAAGAAGACAUCCAUCUGGCAAUGGUUUUGUGGAUUAAAUGCAUCAAAGUUUGAAAUAGCAACUUCGAAGGAAAGACUGAAAACUAUACAAUCUUUGCAACAGAAUGAGACAGCAAAGAUUAUUCUUAAAAUCAAUUUAGUUGUAAUACUAAUAUUAUCAGGCUUUUUAUAUAUUUUCUUCUCGUCCAAUCAUUUUGGACUUUUAGAUUAG